AUGAGUACUCCGUCGACACCCAUAGCUGCAUCGGCUGUAUUGCAAAAUAACGACGCAACCACGUUACCUGACUCCAUACGCAACAAUCCCUUGGCCCAAAGUGACAGUAGCAAUAGACUUGACAACCGUACCAAAUCAAAUAGAAACAGCGAUCAAAUACACGUUACCCUUGACAAACCGUUGACGCCUUCACCCCCAAAUAGAAAACGUGCGUCAGCUUCAUUUCUAAGGACACCAGAACAACCAAAAGACGCAAGCAAAAGAUAUUCAGGAACACUACCGUACACUCCAUCUUACAAACGAACAAGCACUGGAUCAUACAAGUCGCCUGAUGGAAAAUUGGUUUAUCACAAUGUCAAUUCACCAUUUAGUGCCGCUCAUUUAUUAAAGACACCGCGACAUUCGGGUAUUGAGGAUUCACCUACAGGUGAGGAUGAAGAUGGACACAGAGCAAAGAUAAUGAAAACACCACAGUAUUUGGGCACAGCAAAGAAAUUGUUUCAAGGUGAUGAAGGAAGUCCCAAUGAUAACAAGCGAGACGAUUUAACAGAAAUUAGUUCACAAUUGAGAAAUAAAUUGAGUUCUGCAUUGGGUAAAUUACAAAAAGAUGACUCGGCACACAAUUCAAAGAUUACAUUCACUGAGUUAUCGUUUGAUUCACAAACGUCACCAACAAGGAAAUAUACACCGAAAAAACAUUCUGCCUUGGGAAACAAUUGGGUACCUACAAAUACUCUUCAAAGAGCUAAUCUUAACUUGCAAACAUUGCAGCAAUCACCUAUUGCCAAAUCAAACAACUCGUCGCCAAAAUUAGAACAAAGUCAUGGUUUCCGAUCAAAUACAACUUCACCUUUGAAGCACUCGCCUGUAUUGAAAGGUGAUGCGCAACAACAACAUCAACGCCACUCACGAUUAAAUGACAUGCCAUCCCCUGAUGAGGAAACAAGUGCACAUUCGGCUCUAUUGGCUGCGUUGUCACGACAGCGCAGGAAAUCACGAUCAUCGUUUUCAAAUAGUGAUACAAAAAGGUCAUCAAUAACAGCUGAAGGACCACCAACUUUACAAAUAUCGACACAAAAGGAAAUUAAGCUACCGCCGCUUAAUGUUGCACUAAAUGGCGAGUACACUUCUCCAAUAAGGGGAUUAACUGAUAAAAACAAUGAACAAGAUGCAGUAAUAUCAUUAAUGUCAUUAGCAUCACCACAAUCAGCUAAAUAUGCUCAUUCACGUAGUCAAAGCUUGAACAGUAAUGGGAACUACCCGUCAGGUGGAGGCGCUAUUGCCAACCCAUUUGCUGAUAAUGUUGCAUCACCAAUAUCUUCACGAUCUUCACUGGUGCAAAUCCCAUCACCUACAUUUGCUACAAUGCAGCCACCACAUUUACCUCCGUUGACUCGAUUCAUGAAGAGCCCCGAAGCAAAGCAAAAGGGGUCCAGAAAGGGACUUGUCUUUGCUACUGAUGAUACUGAUGAAGAAGACGCUGUAGUGGUGGGUGAUGACCGUGGAAAUGGCGAUAAUGUUGACGAUAAUGACUCUGAUAGAACUGUGGAGGAGGACAAAUGA